AUGCCUUCAAAGCGGAUUCUGCGGUGGAUGUUCAUUUCCGAGUAUCGCAAGCGUAAGUCCACUGCUACACUCAGGAACUCAUCUUACGCGCUAAUGGACAAAGAAAGG